AUGCGAGACAUCAUAGCAGUUGAUCCAAACGAAUCCAUUGAGGAGGGAAAUGUGAGGAUAUCCUUAACCGACAUUCCUUGGUUGAUGCUGAAGCGUUUGAUGUGUGCUCACAGUGAAUCUAGAGACAUAACAGUGUCAGAAGAAGAACAUACUGAAAAUAGUUUGAACUUAGAGGACUCAAUAUCAUUAUUUUUGGAAAUCCCAGAAGUCAAUCAUGACAUCAGUCCACUAGAUAUACUCAAUGUUGUUUUCCAAUGUUGUGAUCCCGUUAUGAAACAAAUAUUUGUUCAAAAACUAUAUCUUUGCAAACUGGCUGUACCUUUUUUAUAUAAGAAUUGGGGAACAUACAAGAAGCAAACUCCAGUACUCUCUGUUUGGCCGUUGCGAUCCCUAGCCAUAGAAAGUAAGCAAAGAAUAGCCAAUAAAGACAUAAGACAUGGUAAAGAGAGUGAUGUCCUUGAUCUGCCCACAAAUGUUUUAGCAUUUGGAAGGUUGGGUCGCCCUCGCUAUUCAAAAUCAAAACUGAUCAAUAGCCUUCUUUUAAGUCAAGGUUGUAAAACGUUUUUCAAUAUGGACUGUCCCUCUGGAAUGACACCAAGACAACUAAGUAAUGGGCAGGUUGAAAUAUUUUGGCUACCUACCAUCGAUGAAAAAAAAGAUAGAUUUCAGGAUGUUAUGACAUUUUUGAACCUAAGGGGUGAUCUAGACAAAGAUUUUAGUAAAGAAUUUUUGGUUUUCAUUUCCCACUUUAUAGAUUCUAUUGUAAUUAUUAUUGACAUAGACACGAUUUUGAAACACAGUAAAAUGGUUAAAGAUGUUAUUCUUCCACUAAAUUCAGUUAUUUUGAUAAUUGCAGACCCUUUAAACCAUGAUGCGGUUAAACUAAUUCAGAGCUUUCAGAGUGAUGUUACAUCAUUAAAAUCAGAAUUCAAUUUACGAAUAUUAAGUACACAUAAAGGUAAUUUUGAACAGAAUGUCAUGGACAUGUUAUCGAGUGUAACAAAAACUAUAUCAAAUACGCUAAAAACAAAUGAUACUAUGUCUUUUGAAAAACGAUUGUUACGUGCAAAAUUAGCAAAAAUUAAAACGGACGAGGAAGACGAAAUAUGUCAAGAAGGCAAGCUGCAAGCUACUAAAUUAAUCAAACAAAUGAAGGCGGAGGGUGAGCCAAACGGUUGGAAACAACACUUAACACCAGUCCAUGGUAUUUUUUCAAAACAGUUGGGGAAGCCUUUAAAAGAGAGAGAAAGAGAGAGAGACUUUAAAGAAGUAGACAAUAUUGAUGUAAAAAUUGGAAAAGUGCGACGACAGCAAAUAGCAUCAAUUACUAAAUCUGUUCGUUUUUUUCUCGACAUUCUCAUUAAAAACAACAGUUUCCCCUUAUUACUAAAAUAUUUUCUUUCCUGGUUACAUUUUUUAAUUGAAAGAGAAAAACGGCGAGUAUUACCCCAGUUGAUGCAUGCAAAUCGGUGUGCUUGGGAAAAGCUAAAAACACUGAAAAGUGCUGAAAAAUUGGCAAAAGAGGAGAUAAAAAAACAGGAACAUGUGAUAACAGAUCUAGAAAGAAAGAUUGAUGAAGCAUCGUUUGCAGUUCAACAUUUCUUUCGUGAAAUAAGUCAUAUAAAUGAAGCCAUUUUAGAACUCAAAGAAGAUACAAAAAUAUUAGGAUUACCAAGUUUACAACAAACAUCUAGUAUUAUCGCUCGCCUUGUUGCUGAUGGACACCCAUUUGAGCUUAUAGAUGGUGAAAGCUUUUACAUGCCUUACCUGUGGACAAAAAAAGUCCUGGAAAUGGUUGAUAUAUUUAUAGGAUCUAGUAAAGUAAUGACACUCGGCGUUUUAGGCCUGCAAAGUUCCGGAAAGUCAACGCUUUUAAACACCAUGUUUGGAUCCCAAUUUUCAUCACGAACCGGUAGGUGUACUAGAGGAAUUCAUGUUCAGCUCAUUCCUACAAAAACCGAAGAUAUUGCAGCUACCUUUUCCGUGUUUAACUAUGUACUUAUUGUCGACACAGAAGGUCUGAGGUCACCUGAGUUAAGCCAUGUGCAGCAUGAACAUGACAAUGAAUUGGCUACCGUAAUAACCGGUGUAGGUGAUAUUACAAUUCUUAAUGUAAUGGGAGAAAAUGCGAUUGAAAUACGAGAUAUUCUACAAGUGAUUGUUCAUGCCUUUCUGAGAUUGAAAAUGACAAAUGAAAAAUUAGAUAUUAGAAAGAGUUGCGCAUUAGUUCACCAAAAUGUGACCGAUACGUCAGCAUCAGAGAACAUGAUAAGUGGUUUAAGCAUAUUAUUGCAGACCUUAGAUGAGAUGACGAAAGAAUCGGCGAAAAGUGAAGGCAUAAAUGACAUAAAAACAUUCAACCAAGUUAUUGAAUUUGAUAUUAAUUCACAAGUAUGGUAUCUUAAGAAUUUAUGGCAAGGUAAUCCACCGAUGGCAAGAGUGAACAAUGAAUACAGUGAAUGUGUAGUGGAUAUCAAAUGCAAAAUCUUGAAGAAGGCUUUAACAAUGAAGAACAAAUCUUACAAAUCAUUAAAUGAUAUUGUUGAACAAGCGCAUAAUUUAUGGAAAGGUGUCCUAAACGAAGAUUUUGUUUUCUCUUUCAGAAAUAGUCUUGAAAUUAAAGCUUACAUGCAAAUGGAGGAUGUUGUUAAAGAUGAACUCUGGAGGCUUGAAAGUCUUAUUCAAGAUAAAUUAACACAAAUCUCACAAAGCAGAUUUGCUAUUUGUGAUCAAAAAGGAAAUUUGCGAAAGGUAGCAUAUAAACUGAUAAGUGAUUUGGAACGUCAUCUAUCGGCUGAGAGAACUAAAACUACAGAGAAAAUUCAGGCAUAUUUUGAUGGAAAUAAAUAUAAAGACAUCAUCAUUCAAUGGGAAAAUAAUCAGAAAGUUCGUGUAAACGUUUUGUGUGACAAACUUAAACAGAACAUCAAACAUCAUGUAGAAAAAUGUCAAGUGAAAAGAUCUAUACAAAUUCUGACUGUUACAAGUCAAGAAAAGCACGAAGAGGAAUUAAGAAAGAGAUCUAUGGAAGUUGCAAAUGCUCACAAAGGUCAGAAACUAAGUAGAAAACUGAUAGAUAAGCUUUUUGACGAUAUUUGGAAAGACUUUUUGAAUAAGGUUGAUACUUCUUCUACAAGUUCAGAAAAGAGUACAAUAAAAAUGCAACAUAUAUUCAAAACAUGCCUUGACAAUAUUUUUUGUCAAAACCAUGCUUUGCUUAAGACAGUUUUGCAGGCCACCGAUUUCUUAUCCCCAUUAGCAAAACCAUUAGCCAAUUCUUUUUUUGAAACAGGAAUAAGCGAAUCUGACGUAAACAAAAAAUUAUUGCAAAAGGGAAAACAUUUUGUCUGUCAAAUUUUUGGACUAUCUGAUAUACGUAAAUAUGUCAGGGACAGCGUAAAUCAAAUAUUUGAAUCCGUUGAUAGAAAAAUUACAGAACUUUGUCAAGUUGAUGAUGAAGUAUCAGAAACGUCUGUCAACAUAUUAAUGCAUGACCUAAACUCUAUCGUGGAUUCUAUUUUAAAAGGAGACGGUAAACCUACUUUUAAACCUAUAUUUUAUAUGAAACUUUAUGUACAUGUAAGCAGGUAUGCUCAUCCAAUUUUUGAACACCAUAAUGAAACCUAUUUCAAAACGCAUGGUACUGCUAUCAUACUUGAGGAAUACAGGGUUCAACAGAAAAUCAGUUUUGAGUCUCAUUUACAAUCUCGCGAAAUUGAAGAAAUAGUUGCAAAACUUAUUUCUAAUGUCAUAGAUAAUUUUGCAAACGAAUGGACUUCUCAAAGUAUGCCGAAUAAAGUUACUGAUAAGUUACAAUCUUUCCUGCCGAAAGUAAAAAAUAGAGUCAUAAUUGAAUUAUGCACCGAUCUUUUGGAGACAAGCAAUUUUGAGAAUUUCAUAAGAUAUAUAGUGGAUCCAUAUGGAUAUGCCUGUACAUGGAUAACUAAAGAGGCUAAUAAGUAUCUUGAUGACUCAAAGUAUCAGGUAAUUGCAAAUACUUCAACAUCGCUGAUUGAAGCAUUGUUUAAUAAUGUCACUAGAUGCGUGAAGGAGAUACACAAGAAAUAUGACAAAAAACCUCCACCGUCGAUUGAUAAAUGGAUAGAAUCUUUCCAAAUCGCAAUGGAAUUGGCAGAUGUGUCUAUUCCAUCUGAACGUUUUCGUAAUGUAAGACAUGAAACAUCAUCUAGUAUACAAAACGUGGAACAUUUGACAAAUAAACUUUUAGGAUAUUUGAGCAGUUCUGAAAAAAAACUUGUUUCCGAGUUCAAUUCACAGAAGAGUAACACAAUUAAAUGGGUAGGUUUUAAUCCUGUAACGCUUAUAAUUGAAAAGAUAUGGGGAUGUAAAGAACAGUGUGCUUUUUGUGGAGAACCGUGUGCAAAGGAUCAGUACCAUAAAGGGUCCAAACAUUACAGCAUACAGCAUCGUCCUUCGUGCUGCAAGGGUACUUUUCUUGAUAAUUCUUCGAAGCCAGCAUGCUUGGAAUCAUGCAAUUUUGAUGUUCAAUCAGACCAAACACAUACUUGUCGUGUUUUCAAUUACGUUUGCAAUAAUGGAAAACUAGAAGACUGUGGAAAAAAACACCAUUAUAGGGAUUAUAAAACUUACUUUCCAAACUGGGACAUAGCACCAUCAUCUAAUAUGCAUGAUUCAUCUGAAUUUUGGAUGUGGUUUGUGGCGACAUACAAAGAUCAACUAAAAGAGAGGCAUGGUUAUCAGGUCGAUCAUAUUCCUUCUUCCUGGAGCACAAUUACAAUAUCAGCGGCAAAGGAGAGUCUACAUAAAGUCUAUUCUGCUUGUAAGCCUACGCUAUAA